AUGGAGCGCCGUAUCACUCGUUCUGCCGCUCUGGCUGCUACGGCUGCUUUUGUCGCCGAGGGCAAUAGCCCCGUUGUCAAACAGCCAUCAAGUCAGUCGAAGGUUGCCAAAAAAUCCAAGAAAAGGGGGUAUAAAUCAACUACACUCAUCGCUCCCAACUCUGCUGCAAUCUCCAGCCCUACUUCUGUCGCUGAUACCAAAUCGCCCAAUGGCCGAAGUGGAGCGAUCGAGGAGGAGAAGACGGCACGAUUCAAUGAACUUCCUCAUAAUCUGGGAUCUGUACCCAGUACAUCGGUUACAGGAAGUAAUUCUGCCACCUUGCCCAUUGAGUCAGACAAGGAAAACCAAUCUCAGCCUUUGGACGGGAAGACGGCCGAACUGGCUGCCGAUCUUCAGCACACUGUGGACAAGGCUGCAACUAAGAUUGAAGAAAUCCCGGCAGCUCCAAUCACCCCUGGCCGGAAACCAAAGAAGAACACUUAUGGCUUGACACCCGGUGUCUCUCCUUUCCCUGAAUUGACCCGGCCUACCCCCGAGGAGUGUGAAGAGGUCAAUCGACUGCUAACUAGUAUUCAUGGCGAAGUCAUUGCGCCCGCAACUAUCCCGGAACCUUCUUUGACAGUCACUGGCUGCGGAGAGGUACCAUCCGUCCUAGAUGCUUUGAUUCGCACUCUUCUUAGCGGUGCUACCACCGGAAAAAACUCAGCCAUGGCUUUCAAUGGUCUGGUCAAUCGAUUCGGCAUUCUCUCUGAAGGGAUUGGCAAAGGCAGUGUCAACUGGGAAGCUGUUCGACAAGCCACAGUCAAAGACGCAUUCGAAGCAAUCAAACGUGGUGGUCUAGCAGACAUCAAAAGCAAGAAUCUGAAAGCAAUUCUUGACAUAGUCCACGAGGACAAUCAAGCGCGACGCAAUGCCCUCGUGGACGCGGAAUCCAAAGAUCACACAGUCCCCAAGCUGGUGCCCGAUAAAGCGGAAAUGAACAAAAUAUACGAGAUUGCCUGCGCAGACCAGAACUUUCUGUCCCUCAAUCACCUCCACAACCUCACCACUGAUGAAGCUAUGUCGAACCUGAUCAAAUAUCCAGGGAUUGGACCAAAGACAGCCGCUUGCGUUGUUCUAUUUUGUCUUCAGAGACCCUGUUUUGCUGUUGACACGCACAUCUUCCGGCUUUGCCGCUGGCUGGGAUGGGUCCCUUCCAAGGCCACUGAAGUCACUGCCUUCAGCCACCUAGAAGUACGGAUCCCAGACCACCUGAAAUACUCGCUCCAUCAGCUUUUUAUUCGCCAUGGUAAAAGCUGUCCCCGGUGUCGCGCAAUUACCGGCGAGUCCAGCAAUGGGUGGGAAGAUGGCUGUGUCAUUGAUCACCUAGUGACCCGUACCGGAAAGCGCAAGGGUAAUGGAGCGGCUGCCGCCACUCCCAAGCCAAAGAAGAAGAUUGUCAAGAAAGCAGCCAACUCGCGAGUCAAGCGCAGGGAGGAGAAUGUUCAAAUUGAAUUGGAAACGGAGGAGAGCGAGCUUUCCAGCGUCGGUGAAAUGAGUGAUGAAUACACCCCCUAA